UCAAUACUUGGUCCUGCUAGUGAAGGCAGGGGGCUGGACCCAAUGACCCUUCAAGGUCCCUUCCAGUUCUAUGGGAUAGGUAUAUCUCCAUAUUUUAUUUUAUUUUUUUAGAACAGCCCUUACCCUAAGAUCUGGGUGUUCUGCAAGAUAGACUAAUAGUAUUUCAUUAAAAAAACUUUAAAAGAUGUAUAGUGCACUUAAUAGGGCUACCAAUUAAAUAUAAAUGAGGGAUUCAUUUCUUUGGGGGUGAAAGGGUCCAGGUGCCCCAGUUGCCUGGAUAGGAAAAACAUGCCCAGUCUUUACAGUUACAGAUAUUGUUAGUCCUAUCAUCUUCAUUGUAAUUAUUUAAGUGUAGAAGAUCCACUCAGCAGCCUAGUACAGUAAUUACUAGUUCACACAGGAUACUAGCUAAAGUAGCAGGGUUUUGCCCCUUGCUCCUAGUCUGGCAUGAGUUGUGUGCAUUGCAGAGGAGUCACUCUCUUCCUCAAGGGAAGGAGUCCUCAUUGUUUAAGUGGAGCAAUGCUCUCUUCCUGUCUUUAAAGCAGUGCUGAUAGGGGCAGCUCUAAGCACUAUGAUGCUUUAAGCAAGUUGGCAAAUAUCAACUCCUACCAGACUGCACUGACCUAUACAAGUAGUUACUGAACAUUUUGCUGCCCCUGGUAUUUUGCUUUCAGGGUAUUUUGCUUCUUUUAGAGUGGUAGAUGCAGCCCUAUGUUAAAUAUUCUUUGGAGGCAGUCAAGUUCAGCUUUCAGUCUUUAGGGCAGACUCGCUCCAACAGAGAGCAUUGUGGGGGAGAAUACACAGAGGAACCUCUAUAAAAUGAUUUAGACUAAAUAGCUUUAUUAUCAUUAGUAAUAGCUUUUCAAAGUCCUCCCAACCCUGCUCUUAAGGCUUUUGUACUGCUGCACAAAUAAAAAAGCAAUAAUUACAGAAUGCAAAAACAAAACAGCCCUAAAAUGAUAUUAAAGAAGCCAAAAUAAGUGCCUGAAUAAUUUUCCAGGGAUACAAAAUAUAGGUGGUGGCGCACAACACAGUAAUAAUGGAUUACAUUGUUGUCAGCAUCUUAACUCAGAAGACUGAAAACUCUUUAAAUGUUUCUUUUUCAUUUAUGACCACAAGUUCACUAGAGUUAGUACUGGGAAACCAGGAGUUAAACAUUCUUUGGAAGUUAACUUGCUUUAAGGGUAUAAAAGAAGCUUCCACGGCUUUAGUCCUAAACUCAUGUUUGGAAAUGCACUGUAUCUUUUCUAUUAAAGCUCUUUCUCUGAGACAAACUUCUUGCAUGUUAAAUGAGCAAUCAUUAAAGCAGCUUAAUAGAAUGACUUCCUGUUAUGUCGUUCAUGAGGCUCCUGUACGAAGAGUUGCUAUCUUUGGAGGGACUCAUGGCAAUGAGUUAUCAGGGGUAUUUUUGGUCAAGCAUUGGCAAGAGAAUGGAGAUGAGAUUCAAAGAACAGGGCUGGAAGUGAGACCAUUUAUUACCAACCCAAGAGCUGUGAAGAAAUGUAUUAGAUACAUUGACUGUGACCUGAACCGAGUUUUUGAUCCUGAUAAUCUUGGCAGGCAAAUCACAGAAGAUAUUCCAUAUGAAGUGAGAAGGGCUCAGGAAAUCAAUCAUGUAUUUGGUCCAAAAGAUAGUAAUGAUGCCUAUGACCUUAUUUUUGACCUUCACAACACAACUUCUAACAUGGGUGGCACUCUUAUUCUUGAAAACUCCAGGAAUAACUUUACAAUCCAGAUGUUUCAUUAUAUUAAGAAUGCUUUGGCCCCAGAAUGCUGUCCUGUUUUCCUGAUUGAACAUCCUAACUUGAAAUAUGCAACAACUCGAUCUAUAGCAAAACACCCUGUUGGUGUGGAAGUUGGGCCUCAGCCCCAAGGAGUUCUUAGAGCUGAUAUUUUGGACAAAAUGAGAAAGAUUAUCAAACAUGGCCUUGAUUUUGUGCACAUUUUUAAUGAAGGAAAGGAAUUUCCACCAUGUACAAUUGAAAUUUACAAAAUAAUGGAAAAAGUAGAUUAUCCCAGGAAUAAAAAUGGUGAAAUUACAGCUGUUAUUCACCCUAGCCUGCAGGAUCAAGACUGGCAGCCACUGAACAAUGGGGAUCCUAUAUUUUUAACUAUUGAUGGAGAGACCAUUAAUUAUGAAGGGGAUUCUACAGUAUACCCAACAUUUGUGAAUGAGGCUGCAUAUUAUGAAAAGAAACAAGCUUUUGUAAAAACAGUCAAAGUAAAACUUACUGCAAAAGGUAUCAGAUCCUCUUUGUCUUAGAACUAGGACAUUUGUAAAAGAUUAUGAAACUUUUUUAGACAUAUGGCCAAAUUCAUUGCUGAUUUCUACUCCGUGUAAUCCAGGUGAAGUCAGUGGGGAUUAAUGGACCAUAAAUCAAUGCAGAAAUUAACCCUUAAUUUAAAAUUGUGUAUUAAUUAAUUUUGCUAAGCACUUUGAAGAUGAGGAGCACUUUUGAAAUGCAAAGUAUUAUUUUUAGCCAUGUUCAAUAGUUUAUUGCAGAUACUAGAAAUAAAUAUUACUAGUUUAUAUAGCUGAUUUUUUCAGAAUGCAUUAAAUACUGUGUCUAUAUAAUAUACCAAAUUAUUGAUCAAUGUGUUAUAAACUUUUAUAUAAAGAUUUUCCUACAGUUAAAUUUUAAAUCUUUCCCAAAUGUUAUUAAAAAUUGUGCAACAUGAAGUCUCCAUUACUGAAAAAAUACACACUGUGUUAGGAAAUGUUUUCAAUUUGAGUAAGAAAGAUACUCUGAAUAAAAUAAAAUAGAAACCAGGUACACUUAAAAUAUUAUCUAGUUAAUGUUAAAGACAAAUAAAUCAAAAAUUGAUUUUGUUGAG